AUGGCCAUCCGAAGUCAACUGUCGCUGCUGCUAGCCGCAGCGACGGCGCUUGCUCCCGCCCAAGUUGCGGCAGCCGUUGCUGAACCACCAACAUCCUGGGAUCUCGAUGCAGCUCCAAAUUGUAUGUUUCCAACAACGUCGUCUCGAGGCAGCGGCCACAACACCAGACGCCGCCAUCACACGCCUCGAAGCACAAGCGGCAUCAUUGCUAACGCUUUCUACCCUUCUCUUGCAGAUUUACCUCACCAAUAUAGCCCUUCCGAAUCUGCAGACGUUAUCCGCGACACAUACCUCAUCAAUAGAGCCACAAAUCAAUCACCAAAGGGAUAUGCGCCGUCCCCAGUCAACUGCCCCAAAACCCGUCCAAAAGUGCGAGAUGGCAGCAGUCUGUCGUCACAGGAAAAGGAAUGGAUUCCGAAGCGCCGAAACGAGACCGUUACGCCGAUUCGCAAAUUCUUGAAGCGCAUUGCCAUUCCCAACUUCGACAGCGACGCCUAUCUCAAGAAUGCGACGAGCGACCCGACCGCGCUGCCAAACAUUGGAUUGGCUGUCUCUGGAGGCGGUUACCGCGCCAUGCUGAACGGCGCCGGUGCUGUCGCUGCGUGGGAUAGUCGGUCGACAGGCAGUGAGACCAAGGGCAACUUGGGCGGCUUGCUUCAGAGUGCAACAUAUAUUUCUGGUCUCUCUGGUGGUAGUUGGCUGGUGGGUAGCAUGUAUACCAACAACUUUACCUCAGUUCAGGACGCCGUCAAUGCGCCGGAAAUCUGGCAGUUUGACGACUCCAUCCUCAAGGGUCCCCAGCAGUACAGUCUGUUGCAAUACUAUAGAGAGAUUCUUGACGACGUAGAGGCCAAGGAUAAUGCAGGCUUCGACCGUUCCAUCACCGACUAUUGGGGCCGUAUGCUUUCUUAUCAGCUCAUCAAUGCAACCAACGGCGGUCCUGGAUAUACAUUCUCCUCCAUCGCCAACGACCCGGAUUUCUCAUCCGGGAAGAACCCGCUUCCGUUCAUCAUUGCCGACGGUCGCGCCCCUGGACAAAAGAUUAUUGCGUCCAACUCGACCAUUUUUGAGUUUUCGCCUUGGGAGUUCGGCUCCUUUGACCCGUCUCUUCAGGGCUUCAUCCCGCUUCAGUACGUCGGCUCAAAUUUCACCAACGGUUCAAUUCCCGACAAGGAGAAGUGCAUCGUUGGCUUUGACAAUGCUGGAUUCGUCAUGGGCACCUCAAGUAGUUUAUUCAACCAGAUCGUCCUCUAUAUCAAGGACGGCAACAGCAGAUAUGUCCCAGAUGACAUUCCCAAGUUCAUCGUCGAGGCUCUAACCUCCUUCUUGAACACUCUCGGCGACAAAAGCAACGACAUUGCAGACUGGACGCCCAACCCGUUCAAGGGCUGGAACACGGCCAACAACCCCAGCGCCAAUGAAACCCGCCUGACACUUGUCGACGGUGGUGAGGAUCUGCAGAACGUGCCCUACCACCCUCACUUGUUCCGGGAAAGAAAUGUCGACGUGGUCUUCUCAAUCGACUCUUCCGCCGACACAGAUAGCAGCUGGCCGGACGGAGCAUCCGCCAUUGCCUCUUACGAACGUUCUUUGCAGAGCUCCAUCUCCAACGGGACGGGAUUCCCACCAGUCCCAGGCAAAGACACAUUCAUCAAUCUGGGUCUCAACACAAAGCCAGUCUUCUUUGGCUGCAACUCGUCUAAUCUGACGACCCCGUCGCCUCUCAUCGUCUACAUCCCCAACUACCCCUAUAUCUACCAAUCUAAUAUAUCGACUUUCCAAAUGGCCAUCAAGUCCGACGAGCGAGAUGCCAUCAUCCAAAACGGCUGGGCGGUUGCCACACAACUCAACAGCACGCGAGACUCGGACUGGGCCGUGUGCGUUGGCUGCGCCAUGCUCGCUCGCAGCUUUGAGCGGACCAAAACCACUGUGCCUGACAAGUGCCGCCAGUGCUUUACGCACUAUUGCUGGAACGGAACACUGAACGAGACCAAGCCCGCGCCGUAUGUGCCGAAUCUCUACGGGAAGCCCAUCCUUACGAAGAGCUCGGAUGCUGCGAGUCAGGGGUUGAGUACGAUGAUGACGACUAUGGGGCUUUUUGUUAUGGCUGUUACGGCGUUCAAUUUGUAA